AUGAGAGCAGAAGUGGCCGCCGCAUUUGAGAAAGUUAAGGCUAGAGAUCCCAACCAAACCGAGUUUCUUCAAGCAGUUGAGGAAGUCUUCGACUCUUUGGGGCCGCUUUUUGACAAGUACCCGCAUUAUGUCAAGGUUUUGGAAGCAAUCUGCGAGCCCGAGCGGGUCAUCCAAUUCCGCGUGCCUUGGCUGGACGACAACAACAAAAUGCAGGUGAACCGAGGUUUCCGAGUCCAAUUCAACCAAGCCAUCGGACCUUACAAGGGCGGCCUUCGCUUCCACCCCUCCGUCAAUUUGUCCAUCAUCAAAUUCCUCGGUUUCGAGCAAAUCUUCAAAAACGCCCUAACUACGCUCCCCAUGGGCGGCGGAAAGGGAGGCUCCGACUUUGACCCCAAGGGAAAAUCGGACGCCGAAGUGAUGCGAUUUACACAGUCGUUUAUGACCGAACUUUCGCGAUACAUUGGCCCAGAUGUUGACGUCCCUGCAGGAGACAUCGGAGUCGGCGGCCGGGAAAUUGGAUACAUGUAUGGACAGUACAAAAGAAUGCAAGGUGAUCACUCCGGCGUUCUGACCGGAAAAGGCCACGGCUGGGGCGGUUCGCUGAUUCGACCAGAAGCGACCGGUUUUGGCUGCGUUUAUGCCUUGAAAAACUGCGUCGAUGAAUUUGGCGUUUCUCUCGAAGGAAAAAAGGUUCUUAUUUCUGGCUCUGGAAACGUCGCCCAAUACGCUGCCAUCAAAUGCAAAGAGUUCGGAGCUCAAGUUUUGACGUUCUCGGACUCGAAUGGAACGAUCUAUGAGCCAAAUGGGUUCUCGGAUGAGCAGAUUCAACAAGUUCUUGAUAUCAAGAACAAUAAACGAGGCCGAGUGGCAGACUACAAAUCCGAAACCGUCCAAUUUUUGAAAGGAACUCGACCUUGGGGCGUCGGAGCUGCCGAUGUCGCCCUUCCUUGCGCCACUCAAAACGAAAUCAGCAAGGAAGACGCGGAAAGUCUCAUCGCCGCUGGAGUCAAAUACGUCUUUGAAGGCGCGAACAUGCCUUCUACUCCAGAAGCUAUCGAAGUCUUCAAAAGAAACAAGGCUGUUUUCUUCCCAGCAAAGGCCGCCAAUGCUGGAGGAGUGGCAGUUUCCGGCCUUGAAAUGGCUCAGAACUCUGCUCGAUAUUUCUGGACAAGAGACGAGGUCGACAACAAACUCAAAGGAAUCAUGGCUAGCAUCUGGAAAGCGUGUUCUGAAACCGCCAAAGAACUCGGUCAUGAAGGCGACUAUCAGCUCGGCGCCAACUGCGCUGGCUUCAAAAUUGUGGCCGAUGCGAUGAUUGCUCAAGGAUACGUUCUUUGA